AAUAUAUAUUCCAUUUCUUCUUUCUUUCCCACUACAUUUCUCUUUCUCUCUAAGGUCUAAGCUUUCAUGCUAAAAUCAUGAUCCAAGUCCUUUACAAGACUACUAUUCUCUUCUCGGCCAACAACAUAGCAAGUUAUGCGACAUGGACACUAAUGGCAUACCUUACAACUGUUUGGAAGCUGAAUUUAACAUAUGCAGCAGUAAUUAUGAAUGUUUUCAAAGGUUCAGUUCAGUUGAUGCCCAUUGCAAUGCAAUUCAUUAUUGAUACAUGUGGCAGUACUGGUCACUUUUUCAUGCUUCUCUUCACAUCCAUCUCAUACUCCAUUGGACUAGGCUUAUUGACCAUGUCUACGCCGACUGUUACCGGGACUUGCAGCCAGUACAAACCGGAAUGUAUCGGCGAAGAACAGAGAAAGCUUUUUUUCACAGCCUUGGCUCUUAUAGCUGUUGGAAUGUCGGGUUUUAAUGUCUCUGCACAAAAAUUUCAUUCCAUUCAAGUUGAUGGAGAGCGGUUGGCAAAUGCUUCUUAUGAUGUGAACUGUUGCUUCUGGAGUUGUGGCAUAUUAACAGUAUAUAUUAUUCCUGCCGUAUUGAUUUUGGUGAUUUCGUAUGUAAAGCCAUGGUGGCUCCAAUUUGGACUGGCUGCUGUAUUUAGUUUGUUCGCAACCGUUCUAUUUGCAACGGGCCUUUCUGAAUACGACGUGGUAGAAGAUCUUCGUCAGAAGGGGAGUCCUUUAACAGAUAUUUUCAGAGUAUUUGUAGCUUCUACAUUCAAGAUGUUCCACGAGUGUCCUGCAAAUCCUGAUGAGUUAUAUCAAGGGAAUACUGAUAGUACUACUGCAAGAUUGAUUCACACUCCUUUACUAAGAUAUUUUGACAAGGCUGCAAUUAUUCUGCCUACAACUAGUUUGACUGACCAACAAAGGAAGAAAUGGAGACUUUGUAGCGUUACAGAAGUAGAGGAAACGAAAAGGAUGAUUCAUUUGAUACCAACAUGCUUAUGUUUCAUUGUUUGUGGUGUUGUAUCUUCCGUAGGCGACACUUACUUCCUAGAACAAGCGACAACAUUGAACCCCAAGUUCUGGCAGUUGUCACUUCCUCUCAACUUCUUGAAACUCAUUUAUGAUAAUUGGCAGGGUAAGGAUGGCCUAUCAGAUGAAGAUAAAUUCCCAGGUCUUAGAGGUGUUGGAUUUGCUAGAUUUUCGGUGGCAGUGGUAGUAAGCAUAAUAUGUUGUUCAACCGCUGCAAUCGUGGAAUUUUAUCGACUAAGGGUGGUUAAGAGGAAUGGACUAAUAGACAAGCCAGAUGAGGUUGUUCCAAUGAGUAUGCUUUGGAUGAUUCCACAAUUUGUUCUUUUAGGAUAUCUUGACAGAAACACUGAGAGAGGCAGUUAUCUACUCUUGGAAGAUAUUAUUGGCCCCUCAAUGAAGAAGGGCUAUUUGGGACAUGUUGUUAGUGCUGUUUCCGGUGUUGGAAUUAUAGCAAGUUCUUUUUGUGUGUUUGUGGUUGAUAUGGUUACCAAGAAAGGAGGGAAGAUAAGUUGGUUCCAGGACAGUUUGAACAAGAGUCGACUUGACUAUUACUACUUGUUCUUAGCAUUUCUUUGUGCUGUCAAUUUUGGUUUCUUCCUCUUGAUGCAGAAAGUGUGCAAGUGUUGGGAAGCUCAACUUGAAGAAAUCAGAGAUAAUAUAGAUUAUGAUUCACAUACCAGCCUGGAAUCUCAAACGCUUAUAGAAGCUAGCAAUAAUGUUGAUGAUGAUCAGAUUCAGCAAUUUUCAGGAUGAUGUUAGUAAGUUAUGUGUUAACACGGAUGAAAACUAAAUGAUUCAUGCAAAUGGUAUAUAUGUUAUGUUUGAGAGUGUUUAAUUGUGUGAAAUUUAAAGAGUAUGAUAAAAUGCAUGGAGUGGACCUAUUGAAUAUUCUAUAGUUUGUUAUGUAUCUGGAAUUUGGCACAAUAGACUAGGACAUCCUUCAAAUAAUGUAAUUCAAUUGUACUUUGUUGAA